UUCUUAAUUCCAAAAUCCCAAACACAUUCUUACAAAGCCCUCCUCCAAAGCCCCUCUCCCCUGGCAACUUUCAGGCGAACUUUCACACUCUCUCUCCAAAUUCCAAUCUGUUCGAGUGCGAGCGAGCAAUCAUCGAAUAGUACAAUUCUCUGAUUCCAUUUCUCGUUAGACUUUCAAUACUGUUUCAUUCUUUGCAACACACAAAUCACUUUCUGGUUCAGAAAAUGGGAAGAAGAUUCGACGAAGCGAUGCUCCCUUCAAAUUUAACCCCCAAUGGCGCCUCCACCGCCGCAGUUGGGGCUCCUCCUCCUUCUCGCCAACCGAACUACAACCUCACUCGUGUUCAGGAAGCAUUGGAACACUUGGCAUCGAUUGAUUUGAUUGAAUUGUGCAAUGAAGCUAAAGUUGAGCGUUGCCGGGCAACCAGAGACUUGAGAAGUUGUGGACGCCAUGUAGAAAGUGUAUUGAACUCAUGUGGGCAUGCAUCUUUAUGUACAGAGUGUUGUCAGCGUUGUGAUAUUUGCCCAAUUUGUAGAAUUCCAAUACCAAAGAAUGGAAAUAGACUUCGCCUUCGCCUUUACUAUGAGUGCAUAGAGGCUGGUCUAAUCUCUAAAAAAUGUGAUGACAGAUUUCAGGAAAAAGAAGAUGGAGAGAGGCAGAUAGCUGCUGAUAUUGAACGGCUUUAUUCUUUGUUUGAUGUUGCCCUAGAGAACAACUUGGUUUCUCUGAUUUGCCACUAUGUUACAGAUGUUUGUAUGGAUGAAAAUGCUGUCUCAAGUGAUCCUGUCAUUGCUUUCUUAUUGGAUGAAGUGGUUGUCAAGGAUUGGUGCAAGCGGACAUUCAAAAAUAUUCUUACAGAACUUCAAGGAUUCUAUAGUCAUACAGUACAAGAGAUGAAAAUGCGAUUGAGUUCACUUCUUAAGUUUUCAGUGAAGCUGGCUGGCAUAUCCAAUGUUCUGGAAGUUUUGGAAUCAUCAUUUAAGGGUGCUCUUUCUGCACAGCUUCAUGAUCUGCACCACCUUCAAGAAAGCAUAUUAAAGACAAAGCAGCAUAUGGAGAUGAUGAUAUGGUGCAUAAGGCAUCACUUUCUGGAGAAUGUCAAGCCUCGCUAUACUAAUAUCACAUCAUGGCGUGCUGCUGUCCGUGAAAGGAAAUCAGCUGCAAUUAUGCGUUCAUGGCCUGAUUCAGUAAAUAACUCUGCAGGAUCCGGUAGAACCAACGGUUCCACACUUUUUAUUGAAGAUGCACUGUCGAAUAUUGAUAUAGAUCAGGGAUACACACAUGAAAGGGCAGGGGAAUUAGAAAUUGCAUCCUUGCAGAAGGAUGAAAGCUCAUCAUUUUUCAGGUCUAAGAUAGAGGGGAUGGCAGGAUGCUACCCAUUUGAAAAUCUGCGAGCUGCUGCUGAUGUACUCUUUUUGCAUGGGAGUUCUGAUUUGGUGCUUGCAAAGCAAGCAAUAUUUCUCUAUUACCUGUUUGAUCAGCACUGGACAAGGCCUGGAGGGGAAUGGAGACACAUUAUAGACGACUUUGCAGCUACAUUUAAUAUAACCAGGCAUUCCUUACUGGAAUCUUUUACCUUUUAUCUUUUGGAUGACUACACUGAUGAUGCUCUGCAGGAAGCUUGUCACCUUCUCCCAGAAAUCUCAGGCCCAACAACUCAUCCGAAGGUUGCACAAGUUUUGUUGGAAAGACAAAAUCCUGAUGCUGCUCUUAUGGUUCUAAGGUGGUGUGGGCUUGAUGGUGGAGCACAGUUGGUUUCACUAGGUGAGGCUGUCACUGCUGUUCAAGUGAGAGUGGAGUGUGGACUUCUGACUGAAGCAUUUAUGUACCAGAGAACGCUCUGCAUGAAAGUUAAGGAAAAGAAGCUGAAGCAUGGGCACUUAGACGAUCUAAAAGAUGAGUGCAGGACCUGGGUGGACUGGAUGGAGGCACUGGUUACUGAAAUUUGUUGUCUUUGCAUCCGGAGAAACUUGGUAGAUCGAAUGAUAGAAUUGCCAUGGAAUUCAGUCGAAGAGAAAUAUCUCCACAAGAGCCUCUUAGACUUUGCUCUUGAUGAUCCCUCAACGACAGUUGGAAGUCUUCUUGUGGUUUUUUAUCUGCAGCGCUACCGGUAUGUUGAGGCAUACCAAAUUGACCGUAAACUUCAGAGUGUGGAGCAGGACUUCAUUUCAAAGAAUUCUGUUAGUGAAGAAUUCUUAUUCAGAAUGAGAUCAGCGAGUCACUGGAGAGCAGGAUUGGUUGAAAAGAGCAUAGAGUUGCUGCCAGAAGUUCAACAAGAAGAAGCAAAGACUGGAAAAUUGCCUGAAAUUGCUGUUUCUCCUGUUAAUGAUACUGGAAUUCCUGCAAGGUCUGAUCCUGCGAAUUUCCAGGAACCAAAUUCAACGAGUUUAUUGGUUCCUGCCUCUAUUGAUUCUUCCCUUCUUUUUCGGAUGGAGAAAGCAAUCCCUUCCUCGAAACAUUCAGUUCUUGAAACUCCAUCAAAACUUGGUGGAUUUUCCAACAUUUCCCAUUUUGAACUCGGGAACCAUGGUACUCCCUCCAUUCUGCAAGGGAGUUUCUUUACCAAUGCAGAAAGAGUCCUGAAGCCUCAAGGCGGUGCUAGCAAGAAGUUCAAAUUUGAAGACACCCGUACCCCUGGUAUUCGUCACGUUAGUGCAAUGAUGGUAACCCCACUAAAAGAGUUCAACAGGAGUUCAUCAAGACUGCCUCAGAAUAGAACCUUCCAAGAUCAUCAAUUUGAUGAAGUGUCACCAGAAAAAGAAGAAAAUGGGUUCACACACAGACUUCAAAAUACCAGGCCGUCUUCCCUUGCAGCAUCUGGUAAACGGGUCCCAUCAGAUGGACCUUAUAGACCUUUGAAGGCAGUCCCCUCAGAUGAUCCAAUGGGCAUGUCUUGGAGCCAUGGAGAGAAGGGUUCUGUGGAGGAUGGAGAUGGAAAUGGAAAUGGUGGACCAAGAUGGAGGUCUGAUGACACCAGCGAAGAUGAACUGCAGAGUCCAGAUAGACUCACAGGACCGACUUCUUAUUCUACAGCUAUGAGGGGAGUAAGAAGAAGCAGGUUAGCCAGAAGAUGAUGAACUGUGUUCAUGUUGUGACCUUAACAAAGAUAGACUUGGCCUUCUGUGAUACCUCCGAUUGCGUAACGUGGGAGAUCAAUGAGAAUAGCGUGCUAGUUUCAGAUUUUACCAGUUGGGGAGAAGUGAGAGGGGUGGCUCAAGGAGCUGAGUUUUACAGAGGAUGAAGGCUAGGUUUAAUUGGCCAUUUCCUUGUUUUCUAUUUGUAGUGUCGGUAAAAGUUUUACUGAAAAUACUAUCCUAUGUAGAGUCGGAGAAAUUUUUGG